AUGACUAACUCAUGGGUUCGUGUGCUUGCGAGGAAAUCUAUUUCCUCCAAAUCCUUUUUCUCCAAUUUUGCAGCCAAUCUGACAUUUGAUACCACGGCUGAGGAUCUUCUUCGUAUUUUCAGUCGUUUUGGGAAAAUACAAGAUGUAUUCUUGCCGUGGAAUUGUCAGCUUCACAAAUCUCGUGGAUUCGCCUUCAUCCGUUUCUACUACGAACAGGAUGCCCACAAUGCUAUUCAAUGUUUACAUGAAAGACGGAUUGAUGGCAAGGUUGUGCUCGUUGAAUGGGCGAAAGGGAAAUCGGGUGGCGCUCGGCUUGAAAUGUCACCCACACUCCAACCAGUAACCCUACAGAAAGGGCCGGGAAUGGCCUGA